GCAGACUCCAGCUCAUUGUGUUCUGCCUGCGAAGUGGCAGUUGCGAUCUCUCGCCGCGGCCAGAGGCUCCUCGAAGGGCAGCUCAGCGGUGACCAGGCACGGUGGCCAAAGCCGCAUCGCGAGAGCGGGCGCCGCUGGUCACCCAAACUGGGUUCCAGAGGGGGAGAGGCCUGAGGCCAUUGAAGAACUUGGCCCGAGAUAGACUGACAAUGAAAUCCAGCCUGCUUAGUUUCCUUUUUGAGGAGAAAGAAGACGACUCUCCCUCCCCAUUUCCUCCACUCCCCUCCCAGGAUUAGGCAGCGGUCCAGGGAAGAGACUUUUCUCCUGAGAUCUUUAAGGGUGUGUAGAAGUUUCUAGCCUGUGGAGUCCCACUCUGCCUGUCCCUAGAAGGUCACACCAGAGAAGGAAUGGCAGUCAGGCACUUGCCACCCACAGUCCAGGAGUUGGUGACCUUCAAGGAUGUGGUCGUGCUCUUCACCCAGGAUGAGUGGUCACAGCUGAGCCCUGCUCAGAGGGCCCUGUACAGGGACGUGAUGCUGGAGAACUACAGCAACCUGGUCUCACUGGGAUUCUUAGGACCCAAACCUGAUAUGUUUUCUCAGCUGGGAAAAGGGGAAGAGUGGAUGCCAGAGGACACCUGGGGAGGCUUCUGUCUUGACUGGAUGACUACACAUGUGAGUAAGACGUCUACUCUUAAGACAGAUAUUCCUGAAGAACAAUUGGAUCAGUGGAUGAGAAAGGAAAAAUUCACUAGAGAUGGUCACUGGAAAUGUGAUAGCCCAUUGGAAUGGCAGCCUGGCGACCAGGAAAUAAAGUUGCAGCAAGUGGUAUUUGCACACCAGAAAACCUCAUCUGUGGUUAGUGACCAGGGAUGUGAUGACUCUGGAAAUUGCUGCUCUAUGAGCUCAUCUUUGGUUCAACGUCAGAGAUUUCAAUCUAACAAAAAAGCUUUUGAGUGUAGUGAGUGUGAAAAGGUCUUCACUAAGAGUUCAACCCUUAAUAAACAUCAGAAAAUUCAUACUGAAAAACUUAAAACAAGUGGGAAAAAUAUUAUUAAAGAGAAACGGUAUGAAUGUAGAGAAUGUGGAAAGGCCUUUCACCAGAGUACACACCUUAUCCACCACCAAAGAAUUCACACUGGUGAGAAACCAUAUGAAUGUAAGGAAUGUGGCAAGGCCUUCUCCGUGAGCUCUUCACUGACCUAUCACCAGAAAAUUCACACUGGAGAGAAACCUUUUGAAUGCAACUUAUGUGGAAAAGCUUUUAUCCGAAACAUACACCUUGCCCACCAUCAUAGAAUACAUACUGGAGAGAAACCUUUUAAGUGUAACAUAUGUGACAAAGCCUUUGUGUGCAGGGCACAUCUUACCAAACACCAGAAUAUUCAUAGUGGAGAGAAACCCUAUAAGUGUAAUGAAUGUGGGAAAGCCUUCAAUCAGAGUACAAGCUUUCUUCAGCAUCAGAGAAUCCACACAGGAGAGAAGCCCUUUGAAUGUAAUGAGUGUGGAAAGGCCUUCAGGGUGAACUCCUCCCUCACUGAACACCAGAGAAUUCAUACUGGAGAGAAACCUUACAAGUGUAGUGAAUGCGGGAAAGCUUUCAGGGACAAUUCAUCCUUUGCUCGACAUCGGAAAAUUCACACUGGAGAGAAACCUUACAGGUGUGGUUUGUGUGAGAAAGCCUUCAGGGACCAAUCAGCCCUAGCCCAACAUCAGAGAAUUCAUACUGGGGAGAAACCUUAUACUUGUAAUAUAUGUGAGAAAGCCUUCAGUGACCAUUCAGCCCUUACUCAACAUAAGAGAAUUCAUACUAGAGAAAAACCUUACAAAUGUAAAAUCUGUGAGAAAGCCUUUAUCCGAAGCACACACCUUACUCAACAUCAGAGGAUUCACACAGGAGAAAAACCCUAUAAAUGUAAUAAAUGUGGGAAAGCUUUCAACCAGACUGCAAACCUCAUUCAGCAUCAGAGACAUCAUAUUGGAGAAAAGUGAUGUGACUACAGUUUAUGGAAGACCUUUGUGACUGAGUGUAUUAAUUAUUGAAUGUAAGAGAAUCCUUCCUAGAGAAUAACCAUGAAAGCUUACAUGAAAAGUUUUUUUAUUUACUGAGAGUCAAGCCUCACAGUAUUACAGGUUUCAAGAAUUUUCAGUGCUAAACCCUCCUUAUAGUUGAGAACUGCUUCAGCUGAACAGCAGUAAUGUUUAAUUCGUCUGAAUUACCAAGUAUCAGAACCAAAAUGGAGCUUCGUGAACAUCAGGGAAAUUCAUGUAUCCAAUUUACAUUUUGAUAAAAGAAAUUACAAUAUUGUAAAAUUUAAGGUGAGAAGAAAAGGAACAAAAAAAUAAGAAUGUCCUGUAAGCAUUUCACUCUACUUGGUUCUCUUGUAUAAGAGAGUUUCUACCUUUAAUAGAACCCUUUGUUUUCCGUACCCCCGCUGCUGACUCCCAGUGUAAAGAAAGUGCCCAUGCAUCAGCCUGGGAGUUACUUAAAUUAUGCUUCCCACCUUCUGCUUCAAACCAUUUUUGUUGGAUCUCCUUGGUCUCUGGCUUCUUACCUGCAUUCUCCUGGGACAAUUGAUUUGAAUGCCACAUCCCUCUUUUGAUUUAGCAGCUCCUAACUGGUAACCUCAGGUUACCACCACCUCAUUUGUCCUUGGGGAGUGUGCUGAUCUGACCUCACACUCAGUCCAUGAUUAUGAAUAUUGCACCCAAACCCAUCUUUCAGAACUUGGGACCUCUGGGAGGCAGAGGUUGACCAAAGUAUUUGAGUUAUGCAGUUUUCCUGGGACUCAGCUUGACAGUGAACCUUGGGACGAUACCUAAAGUAGGGGCUUAGUCUGUGUAGACAUUACCCUGCAGUUUUUCUGCACUGUUGUUACCUAUGCACAGCAGUGAGGAGCAUGCUCAGCUUCAGGUGUGAUGAUUCCAACCACCUAGUGGUGUUCUGGGCCACCUCCACUUCUGUGACUUGAUGAGAGUUUAGAGCUCCAAGGCGAUUUCUCAAAAGGUUCUGACCCACCCUCUUUCCCUUGGUCAGGCAGUCCUCUGUGUCCACUGCAUUAGAAGAAAUGUGUUACUCUCCUAUUGUUGAACUGCUUCAUCCUGCAUCCUGCUCCUUGCCCUGCUUUUGUUCAGUUUUUUGAAAAUAUUCACAGGAAAAGCAGAGAGCUCUGAAUUUCUGCUAUUGCAUUUGAGAGUGGCCAUUCCAUCUCCUCCUUCUGGAUAUUCCACUUAAAGACUACCUGUUCUGGCAGCAGUGAGCAAUCUGUUGAGUAGUUCUAUGGGUCAAGAAGUGGUUGACAGCCCUCUGACAUCCUCUGACAGGGCAGUGUCCAUGCCCAAAAGUUUGAUACCCUAGUCCUGCAGGUACUGUUCUUUGCCAUCUUUAAUCCUUCAGUGCUGUCAGUGGGAUCACAGAGAUAGAAUAAUACCUAUGUGCUUCCAUACACACCACCUCUGGUGGCACUCUCCCCUUUCCCACCACAAAGCACGGGAAGCCUGCACUAUCCAAGCUGGAACAUACCACAUCAUGAAGAUGGAAGAACAAGUCAGCUGUCACUCUGGGAAGCAAAGUGCAGGUUCCUGGGAUGCUGAAGUGCUUCCCAUCCAGUGGGGAAACCUGCUGGCCCCCACAAACAUUGCACUUCAGCUCCAAGUUACAGGAGAUUUUCUAUCAUGGUGGAAUCUGUGGGCUCCAGGUUGAACAUAGACUUGGAAGCUUCCGGCAGCUUUAAAAGCCCAAGUUUUCUAAAUUCAUCUUCCAUCUAAUAAAAGCCACUUGUGUGGGCAGGCAGUUCCUGUUAGGUGAUCAGCAGUUCAUCCUCCCCCACUCCCCUCUGUAAAGAUGCGGGUGAAGCAGCAUUUCAGGCAACUCGGGACUGUCCAUGCCCUAGGUCCACACAUCUGCAGCCACACAGCUGGCAGCCCCACAUUCCACAGUGAGCUUGAAACACUGCUUGUUACUACAGAUAAUCUGCCUGCCGAACUAUCCAUACAGUUCUAUCACCCCUCUUACCCCGAAGCCCUGAGAAAUACAUUUCUCAGCUGAGUUUGUUCAUUGUGUUUGUUUUGGAUGAGAGGUACUGCCCCUUGGUGUGUGCCUGUAGUUGAGCCAGGGCCAAGAACUGCUGCUACUUUAAGAGCCGUAUUCGACCCAGUGACAGCUGAGCUGCUGCUCCACCAGAACCAGUGCAGUCUGGAGGCCGUCCAUCUGAGACUACAGCCCGCUUGCCCUGUACAGUCCACAUUUCCCAACAGGCUUGGGUUUUCAUGAAAUUAGAGCUCUCAGAUGCCUAAUGACUUAUUCCUGUCUGGGAUGGCAAAUAGUCAGUAAAUGGCCUAUUUGAUAUGCCUGGGCCAACUUGGGUAUAUUUAUGGUAACACUGUUUGUCCAGGCAUUAGCAAUGGCUUUAUUAUAUUGUGCCGUAGGACUAACACCUUAUUAUGUGACCUCAGCCAGGGAGCCAUCUGCCUGGGUGUUAUUCUGUACUUCUGAUCUGAAGUAGUAUGGCUCUGCCAGGGCAGGCUGACCUGCCCCAGCACCGCCUUUGGCUCAGCCCCUAAAAGUGCAUUUUCGAGAACCCUGACAAAGAGUCCCUUACCCACCUUCUCUUCUGCCAACUGAUCUGCAUGGUGUUAAUAAGAAGGACUUUUUUCUAUACCCCACCCCCAGCUAGGUUAAUCCUAAGACUUCCAAAGAUUCCUGGGGAAGGUAGUUCAUUCUGCACCUUGCUUUUCUAGUCUUAUCACUCAGCCAUACAGACACUGGCAGCAGAUGAGGACCACUGGGACCCUUCAGGGUUACAGUGUGUGAGCCAGUACUGUGCCAUCCUCAGCACGUCAGCCCUCGUCACACUACUCCAUGCCCAUGUAGUGCACAGACCCCAGCACACCCACAAAUCUGCCAUCAUAACAAACCUGCAUGUGGCAGAGCAAGUGCUGAACCUACAUAGCCAGUCUCCCCACCCGCCUCCCCUGGACUACAGAAAGAUGCAGGAGCCGGAGAAGUAGACCGAGGACCUCCUCCCACAUCAGGCCUCUUGUAACAUACUUGGGAAUUGCCCAUGGGGAAGUUUCUUGGGCAUACCAAUUCCACUCUGCCUAGGAGAAGGGCAGGCUACAGGAUAAGCACCCAGACUUUGUUAUAUUCAAUAUCUACAAGCUGCCUUGCACAGCCACUGAAACCUCCUGCUCUUGGGGAAGAAGAUGGCUCUGAACUUCCCCCUUUCAGAUUCCUUUAAUCCUGUUCCCAGACGGGCCUUCCUCAUCUCCAGCUGAUCUUACAGCCGGGUUCUCCCUACCACCUAAGCUUCCCUGGCCUUGACAGUGUCUCCCUAAGAUGUUGCCUUUCUCCACAUUCAGCUACUGCUUUUAAAAUGGCACCUUUACCCCUCAGCAAACUCGGACUUCCAGGCUACUGUGUCUGCGCCUGAGUCCUGAAACAAAGUAGCCCCAAACAACAAUAGCAUGCCUUUCAGCUUAAUUCCCUUGAACAUGAACUUAAUUCCCUUGAACAUGAAUUGAAGAACACUGUGGCCUCCAGCUGUCUAAUUGCUCUCCUCCCCUGUUGCCUUUGCACUGUGCCCUACCCUCCCAUAUACCGCUGGAUUAGCCAGCAGGACAGCAUGGAAACUGACAUAAAACAACUGUCCCACUCUGUCCUGCAGUGGGAGGUGUCCCAACUUGCACCACCACAACUGCUCAAUCUAUUUUUGGUAAUAUUUUUGCUUUUAAUAUUUUUGUACCAGUUCAUUAAGGGAGAAAAAAGCAAGGCUUGGUUGUUUUCCAUCACUGAAGGAUUCUCAGCUGUGCUAAUCAUCAUUCCAUACAAGUGCCAGGAUUUGGUUAUAUGGACAUAUCCUUCCUCAUUUUAUGUGUUACUCUGUAUUCCAUAUAUCAGUAUCCUUAGAAAAAUUGUUGCCAUAAGUAUUAUCCAUCAGUGUGUUUUCCUGAAAAUAAAUUAGGAAACUACCCAGUGUUUUAAGGUGUACAGGCUGCAUUUGUGUUACCUGGUUAUCUAAGCAGAUGUCAUUAAGACAUGGCCAGAAGUCCUGCUUCCAAGUGUUAGUGUUUUUUUAUGACCAGCCUGGCCCUAGCUCCCCACAGUGACCAUCCAAACCUACCUGAUCCCAGAAACCAUAGCGUUCAGGCUAUGGAAUAUAAAGAGCUGUUUACCCGGUUGCUGGGGAUAACAGUUAACAUUUGAGGGUUUAUCUUGGGCCAGGUACUGUUUGUUGUAGGCACUCCACAUAUAUAUUAACUCACGUAAUCCUCAUGAUGUGAGACUGUCUACCAUCUCCACUUGAAACUUGUCAGAAGUCACACAGCUGGUAAAUCAAGGAUUGGCCCCAGUCAGUGAAGCUUCAGGGCACACAUGCUUACCUACUGCAUUGGGCCACCUCCUUUAUGGCACAUUCUAGGCCACUGUAGAGAGCCACUUGGCUACAGAUGUCACACUACUCCAUGCCCCAUGUUGGAGUAGGGCUGAUGUGGCUGAGGGUGGGUGGGAGCCUCUGUAACAACUCUCCAGUCUUUCACCUGUGCUCUGGGCAUGGUUUUACACACAUACACUUCUUCCACAAGAUGACCUUUCUUCAGCCCUCGGGUAGCAAGGUGGAAAGAGGUCAGGGUGCACUUUCAGCCUGAGAGUGCAGGGACCAUGGGUUCACAGGCAGACAGUUGAGCCUGACAACAUAGCCCUGGGACGUCUGUCUCAUGUGCACAGCCCAUGAUAACCAUGGCAGGUCCUGGAUCCUGGUCAAAUGAGAGGGGUAUCACUAAGAAUGUCACUUCUCGGGAGUGUUCCAGAAGAGGAAAGCUGAGGCUAGUGGCCAGAGAAUCAGAAAGGGAGCCAUAGCCAUUAUUUUAAUAAUUCCUGCUAAGCUUAGUAUACAGUGGUUAUCCAAGCAUCCAGUUAUUGCUUUCAUGAAUCUGAAAUGGGGAAGAUGGGUAUUAUAAAAAGGAUCACAAAUAAUUAGCAAAUAAUAAGAUGUUUCAUCAUAUAGAUCUACCAUCUUCUGGUUUCACCUUUAUAUUGUAUUCCUUCACUCGGAACCCUUGGUUCCCCUCCAAUAUGGACUACUUGCUUUCUAAAAUUGCCUACAUCAUGCCAACUAGAUCUUCUCCACUUAUUUCUUGAAAUGGAUCCAUCAUUUCUUGGUUUACUCCACAGUUUUGAGGUGCACAUCCUCCAAAAGCUUUCUAAGAAGGAAAGCAUGAGAGAUGAACUUCAUGUCCUUACAUGAAUUCAUUCUGCCUUUACAGCUGAUUGGUAGUUGCCUGAUUAUAGAAUUCUAAGGGUGAGUGAGGGUACAAGUUAAUCUUUCUGUAGGAAGGUUUUUAAAUAAUGCUUUUGUUUCUCACCCCUGCCCCCUGCCAUUCCUUGUGUGCCUAAGACCACAGGCUUUCCCAGUCAAUGUCUCUAAGAAAAAAAACUAACUACUGUCUUUCCUCAUCUCUGGUGGGUAGGUUUCUGAUGAUGGCUUUCUGUGUCUGGGGUGAGUGUGGGCAUUGUUUCAUAGAUGGACUUUCAAAAUAACUCCCUGUUUUCUCCAUUACUUUCUUGUCCAUAUACCUAGUACCUCCAAGCACUCAAUCUUUGUAACAGUCUUUUUAAUUCUGGUACAAAAUAGACCUCUCUUCUUUCUCUUUUCCAAAGUACAGUUGUCUGCUUUGCAAAGUUCUCUUGGCUAACCUGUCCCUCCUCAUACUCUCUUUGUCCAUAUGAGCUUAUAUAAUUUUUAUUCUUGUACUAUUGUUGUGGCAGAGCCUUAUGUUUAGCAGAGAAGGUAAGUGUUUAAUCAACCACUUAAGCAAAAGGCUCUGCCAAUUUAUUUAGGGAAGAGAAAUGAAGAAUAGGACUUUGGCAUAACCUUGUUUUAUGCUAUUUAGAAUUGAAAUUUAUUCUGUUGAUUUGUGUC